AUGGUGGUACUGCGCAGCACCGACAAGGCGAGCGGCGGGGUCGGCGUGCCGCUGGAGCCCUUCCUGCACCAGGUCGGUGGCCACCUGAGUAUGCUGCAGUAUGACGCGCACACAGUAUGCAAGCCCCUCGUCUCCCAAGAGCAGAAGUUCUACGAGUCCCUGCCCCUGGCCAUGAGGUGCUUCACUCCACGGUACAAAGGAACCGUCACAGUGCGUCUCCGGAGAGACAGCAGAGGCCAUCUGGGCCUGGUGGCCAACCCACUGAAGGAGAACCUGGAGCCUCUGCAGGUCUCCCCAGACUCCAGAGCGGUAGCCAUCUGGCAGACACUUCAGCAGUCUGCCAGCAGUGACAGCAGCCCCCGUCCCCUGGCCCAGCUGGCACGCUCACUCAAGGAAAGCACAGCCAAGGUGCUUCUGAGCUCCGAAUGCCACCUCGGUACCCAGGCCUCCCCGCUGGUGGAAAGUGCGGAUGGGAGCCAGGUGGAGAGAAGGGGCUUUAACCCGUGGGGCCUGCACUGCCACCAAGCCCACCUGACCCGCCUGUGCACGGAGUACCCGGAAGACAAACGGCACCGGUUCUUGCUCUUGGAAAAUGUGGUGUCACAAUACAAGCAGCCCUGCAUCUUGGAUCUAAAGAUGGGGACCCGGCAGCACGGGGACGAUGCAUCUGAGGAGAAGAAGGCCCGUCACAUGAAGAAGUGUGCGCAGAGUACUUCAGCCUGCCUGGGUGUGCGCAUCUGUGGCAUGCAGGUUUAUCAAACUGAUAAGAAGAGUUUUCUCUGCAAAGAUAAGUACUACGGAAGGAAGCUCUCGGAGGAGGGGUUCAAACAAGCCCUUUCUCAGUUUCUCCAUGACGGAACCCGCCUGCGCACAGAGCUCCUGGAACCCAUCCUUCGCAGGCUGCAGGCACUGCUCACGGUCAUCAGGAGCCAGAGUUCUUACCGGUUCUACUCCAGCUCCCUCCUCAUAAUCUAUGAUGGGCAGGAGCCUUCCCAGAACGCUCCUGAGACCACCCAAGGCAGCCCCUCCGGUGACCCUGCCAAAGUCGAUGUCCGAAUGAUUGACUUCGCUCACACGACGUACAAGGGUUCCUGGAAUGAGCACAUUACCCACGAGGGACCAGAUCCUGGCUAUAUUUUUGGCCUGGAAAACCUCAUAGGAAUUCUGCAGGAUAUCCAAGAGGGAGAAUGAAGGUUGCUGGAACUUUCUAGAAUUUUCUAGGCUACAGAUUUUGCAAAGGGACCCAAGCUAGCGUAGCCUAGAUCCCCUGUAGGUGUCUUUAUAAUAACCAUAUCUACCUUCAAAAGCCAUCUCCAAGCAUGGCUAGCAAUGUUGACAGUUGCUACAGAAAUCUGCACUGCAGGCAUCCACCCGCCACCCGGCAUCUUCCACGGGGCAGCUCCUCUGGGAGCAGACAGUGAAAGCCGCACCAUUGUCGCCUGGGUCAGAGGCCAGCACUGCAGUGCUGCAGGGCGCCUGCAUUCCAGAAGACAUUUCUGUUGUCAUGCUGCAGUCCUCCACAGCC